AUACUCUCGGAUUAUAUCUAAAUAUGCUUGUUAUCAUAUUUUAGACCAUGCAAUAUGGUAUUAAUGUUGUUGGUUGGAUUUAAUACCUUAAUCUGUUAACUCCACCCCUCUUUUUUUGUUAAAUUUUGGUCAGGCAAUUCUAAAGGUAUCAUUAUCCGACCAUCACUACCAGCGUGUUUUGCUAAUCUCUACUUCGACUAUGCUAAACCUGGUUUGACAAAUUACUCCUUCGGGCAUGUCUCGACUCAGCAAGAAAUCUCCAUCUGUUUGCACGGAUCUGCCACUGGACAACACCGAUAUUUGCGAGAAGCUUUACCUGCUGAAACAGAUACUAAGAUCUUGUUUUGGUCCCACAGGUAGACUGAAACAAGUUCACAACAACAUCGGAGGGCACGUCGUGACCACCUCUGCCUCAUCGGUUCUCCUUUCAUCCGUUUCCUCCUCGCAACCUUUUAUCAAUCUGAUAAAAACCUCCAUUCUCAACCACGUAUCCCGCUUCAGCGACUGCGGUUUGUUUGCAGCUAUCUUGUGUCUGUCUCUUAUUGAACAAGUCAAAAAGUCUGCUCUCAGGGAAAGUGUGGCUAUCAGAGUGAACAAGCACUCGCUGGCUCUGUGUACCAGCUACCUGCAACGAGAAGACUGUGACUGUAGAGUGAAGCUCGACUUCUGCAGCAGUCAGAACUUGAUCACGUUAGCUCGAAGUAUUAUCUCCAGCAAACCUGCAUGUGUACUGACGGAGCCAGAGACACUUUACAUCAGCAAAUUGGCUGUGCAAGCUUUUUUGCUCACUGUUCCCUGUAGCAGCCCAGGUGUAGUCAGUCUUGGCAGAAUCGUGACUGUGCCUGUAGAGGGCCACUCUGUGCUGAGCUCUGCAGUGCUUCCAGGUUUACUGGUGGAGAUGCCUGAUGGUCUGAGCAAAGGAGAGAGUCUGCCAAAUCCGCUCAGUGUGGUCGUUUUCAGUGCAUCUCUUGCUGGGGAUCUUUCCGAAUUAGGAAAUGGAGUAAUUGAGGUCCACCCAGGUGUAGACACAGACUCGCAGAUCCUGGGUCAGCUGCUGGAGCUCGGCAGACAGGUGGUUAACAAUGAGGUGAAGCUCUUUGUGUGCCAGAAGGUCAUCCACCCGGUCUUGCAGCAAUACCUGAGGAGUCAUGGUGUCAUAGUGGUAGAGAGACUGGGAAUUGCUCUUAUGGAGCCACUUAGUCAGCUAACAGGGGCUCAACCUGUGGCUACAUUACAUACCACGAUCCCAUCCAAGGCCUACGGGAAUGUGAGGGAUCUCAGUAUCAGGCGGUUUGGAUCCAAGACAAUGCUUCAUUUACUCCCUCUUCGAGAGUCAGUGAUCUGCACAAUGAUCCUCUGUCACAGGAACCAGACCAUGUUAAAUGAGCUGAAGGUGGUGUGCCAGGUGACAGAACAUGUGCUGAGACUCACCCUAAGGGAACCAUUUGCCUUACUUGGGGGCGGCUGUACUGAAACCCACUUGGCUGCUUAUGUCAGACACAAGAGCAAGAAUGAUGUACCAGAGGCUGCAUUAUUAUUAGGGUGCUCACAGACAGAGUACCUUCUGGGUGUGGAGCUAUUCUGCCGUGCUCUGGAGUCCACAGCCGGAGCGCUGGAGCACGAUGGUGGGAAUUCUUUAAUUGAUCUGACACAUGCUCAUCACUGGACCCUCCCUGCAGAUAGCAUCAAAGAAACCAAUGAUAGCUUGGGCUUCUGUGGCUGCGGUCUGGUAGAAAGUAGCCCAAGUAGUAAGUGGACUUAUCUAAACACUAAAUAUGCAGAGUUCUGUCCUUCACCCCUGUUUAGAGACACUCCUGUGCAGCCACGUGUGCUAGACUCCUUCACAGCUAAACUCAGUGCAUUACAAGUUGCUAUAGAAACUGCUAAUCUUGCCCUGGAUAUUAAAUAUAUAAUUCAAGAUAUGAACUAGCAGAAUAGACAUUUUGUCUAGUGUUGAAUUCAGGUUUGUGAUGAUUUAAACUGUGGACUGAAUGCUGCCUUUUGGUUUAAAAAAUAGUUUAGACAGUGGGGAGUGGGAAUGUCUUUCUUUUGCAGUGAUUUGCAAAUAAUUUAAAGCCCAUUUUGGCACUCGGGUACAUUAGUGCAUUAUGGGUAUAUUGUGGAAUGGGUACCUUUCACAUCUGUGUGCAGCCCCAGUAACCCUCAAACACAUCUCGGUGGGUUGUAAAGACGGUCUGACUCAGGGAAAUACACCUGGAGGCACAAUCAGGUGCUCAUGUGCCUAGCCUCUGCUUUGUUGCACAAAAGAACCACCAUCAAUGCCAUCCCACCAGCUGUCCAGCCUAUCUUUCCACAAACAGCCUUCAUCCAGAAAGGAGAGAAGCAGUGGAACAAUGCCUCGCCCUCAGAUUCAGGCCCACUGGAUGCAGCCAGGGACUGAGCCCUUCCUGUCAGAAAUCACUUGUACCAACAUGCGCCCAGAUCUGGUUCUCUGGUCCAAAUGCUUCCACUAUGUCAUCAUCGUUAAGCUGAAGGUCCCUUGGGAAGAUGCCAUUGAUGAAGCACAUGCAAGAAAAAAGUUUCACUAUGAAGCAGAGGAAGGGGGCUGGAGUGUGAAGGUGGGUUGCAGGGGCUUUGUUGGUAGUUCCACAUCAAGGUUUCUGAAGGAAGUCGGCAUCAGAGGGCAGAUCCAGAGGAAAACCAUUAAAGAACUGGCCACAGUUGCAGAGACAAGCAGUCACUGGUUGUGGCUGAGAAGAAAGGAGACAGCUGGGGGAGCUAAAUGACCUCUCCAGGUGACACACACCCAGGUCUGAUCAGCCUGCCUGAGGGUGUAUUGUGGUAAAUGGCCGAAACACCCAAUGAGGCUGGGUUACACAACUGCUGAUGCGUCACACUGGAGUAAACAUCACUAAGUGGUCAUCAUCAAGCUCAACCCAACUCUUAAAAACUCAGUCUGAACUAGUUAGGUCCAUAGGUCUUUGGACAGACACAUUUUUUUUUAGUCUUGCCUCUGCACUAAAUCAAAUGUGAUUGAAGAGCAGACUUUCAGCUUUAACUCAAGGGGUUUAACAAAAGUGUUGCUUUUACCUGUUUCGGAAUUACAGCCAUUUUUAUACAUAGUUUCCCAUUUUCAGAGGCUCAAAACUAAUUAGUCAAACUAAUAUAAUUUUAACUAUAAAUACUUGGAUGAAAAUCCUUUGUGGUCAGUGACUACCUGAAGUCUAGAACCCAUGGACAAAACUGGGGAUAGUCUUUGAAUUACUGUCAGCAGAACCUGCAAAAGAAGAAGCAGCAAUGGUUCAGAAAUAUCAUAUGGUAACAGCCACAGUCUGCCAGGCCUUUACUGCAGCCGGUUCCUGCUUGUUUGUGGGACUUCCUGCAUUCAGUCUUGGCUUCAGUAACUGAAAAGCAUGCUUUGUUGGGUUGAGAUCAAGUCACGGAUUUGCCCAUUAAAGGAUAUCUCAGUUCUUUGCCUCAAGAAACUCUUGGGUUACUUUUGCAGUUUGCUUUGGGUCAUUAUCCACUUGCACUGUGAUGCACCCUCCAGUCAGUUUUGCAGCACUGGGCUGAAUCUGAGCAGAGAGUGUAGCCCUGUACACAUCACAUCAUCAAUCAACACUGCUGACGUGGUUCUGCUGGCGGUGAAGUUGUUUUUCUUAAGCAAAGAAAGAAUUUGCCAUCUUGCACUUUAGUUGUCUUCUGUGGGGUUUUUUAGGCCUCUUGGUGUUGCUGGGCAGUGGGCAGUGCAUUCUUUCUUUUUAAGCCACUCUUAAAUUUUUGCUAUCUCUCAGAGAGGUUUGUUUUGGUUUGGUUUUCUACCCAACAUUGGCCUCACUUGCAUCAACAUGUCUUUGGACAUCAUAUUAAGAGUUCCAGUAAACAGAUACCAAAUUCAGGUUCAACAGUUGGACCAACUCCCGAUCUCUUAUCUGUGUAAAAUCAUGAGGGAACUGGUCUCACCUGGCAAUGAAAAUGCCUGUCAGUUAAGUUUCCAUUUACCUUCGAGCCUCUGAAAAUGGUGGGCUGUAAUUCCUAAACAGCUGAUGCAAUACUUCUGUUAAACCCUUUGAUCUUGAUUGUUUGGACAAAAAAUUACAAAAAUAAUGUAUGACAAUGUAUCAUUAUCCAAAAACUUAUAGACCAACAUUUUGUGAAACAUAUUGAUGUCUUGAAUUUCAAAAUAAGCUUUUUUUCCCUUAAAAAAAA